AUGUCGACCGAUAUCGCCGUGAGUUUGGGGGCGAUCAAGGUGGACACUAGGAGUUUGAAACCAUUCAAAUCGUCAGAUGAAUAUUUGUGGGCCAUGAAGGAAGAUUUGGCUGAAUGGUUCAAUGACAUGUACCAGGUCGACAUGGAUGCGUUCAACUUCUUCGAUAAGCUCGAAGAUGGUGUCAUUCUAUGCAGACACGCGAACAACAUAAUCGACAGCGCCGAAAAUAUGAAAGUCGUAAAAGUAACAAAGGUCACCAAGCUCAACGGCAGCCCAACCUUCAAGGAUCUCAAGGCAAGACAGUUCCGAAGAUUCACCUACAAGAAAAACGUGCAACCAGGCUCAUGGAUUGCGCGAGACAACAUAUCUCAUUUCAUCGAAUUCUGCAACGACCUACACAUAAACGAGUGUCUCCGUUUUGAAACAGAUGAUCUCGUUCUUCGCAAAAAUGAGAAAUCAGUAAUCUUGUGCCUUCUCGAAGUCGCGCGGCACGGCUUCCACUUCGGAAUGAAAGCUCCAGUCUUGGUCAAGAUGGAGUUUGAAAUUGAUUCUCAACUCGCCAACCGCACUUCGUCCCCUGAGUCGAAUGCAAGUUCCGGACGGUCAACACCGACCAAAGUCAACAAUGAGAACAAGACUGCCAACGGUCAGUGUUCUCCUCCGAACUCGCUCCAGUCGCCUUUGCCCAACGUACAAACAGUCACAAACGAUCUGCGAACGCUUCAUGAACGGGUGGUGGAGCUGCUCGCUCAAUGUACCUGCCCCACGCAAUUUCCCAUGAUCAGAGUCCGAGAGGGACAGUACAGGAUCGGGGAAUCGAAGAUGCUCAUUUUUGUCAGGAUUCUCCGCAAACAUAUCAUGGUUCGCGUCGGCGGUGGCUGGGACACGCUGGCUCAUUUCCUGGACAAACACGACCCAUGUCGCUGCCGCUUCGGACAUCGGGAAACUACUCCCGGCGUGCGAAUGGAGAAGCCUGGGGAUCAUCAGAUGGUGAAGCACAUAGAGUUCAAACGGAUCAUGGCUCCAGCUCCCGCCCCAAAGGAGCCCUGGAAAUAGAAUUCCAUAGGGAAUCGGUGCAAUCUUUCUCGUGCCGUGUUCGUCAACGGGGAAGCAGAGCUCAAGGGGGAAUCAUAUUGAAAAACGUGCCACAACUAUGAGAACUAUAGCCUGGGAUGUGUGUUGAAAUUUGAUUAUCUUUAUUAGCUCGCCUACAUCCCCGGAAAGCUUAGUAGUGGAUACCUUGCAGAGUUUCUCAAGAUGCCAUCACACAGGAAUGUGGUCGUGUGUGUGUAAAUAAAAUAAUUUCAGUCGAGCGAGCAAGAACGAUCCGUACCUUAAGUUCAAGUUUGGACAGCAAGGAAAUCUCAUUCAGAAUCAAUGAGUCAGAGAUGUCGGGAUUCGAUGUUAUUGGUAGAAUGUAUUUGCUAGAACCAGUCCUUCGAGUGAAGUCCGAGCCUCCACCUUCAGUGGGAAUGUUCGGUCACGUUCGAGGGCGGCGAAAGCGGUCGAGAUGCAGCCGAGUUUUCCUG